UACUUAGUCAUUCUUGUCUGCUUCAUAGCGAUGUGACCUUGUGCAACGCGUGAUUUUACGAAGGAACCUAUUUAUCGUAACCUGUAAUAGUUGUUUAUUUGAAAUGAUGGUGACGAUAACAUAAAAUAUACAUUUCUAACAUAGUCAUAACUUGCAGCUAUGCUUUCUCUAAUCAAAUCCGCUCUUGUCGGAUUGGCCAACACUGGUAAAUCCACGGGGCUCCAAGGUGUCCUGCAGAGUCAUCUGAAGGUCCUGUCUGCUGGGAUGAAGACAUACGAGGUGCCUCCAGACUACAGCGAGGUUGUGCUACCUGAAAGACCCAAGCUGAAGUUUCUGAACAAGGUGCCCAACUUUAAGAAGGCGAGGAAGGAGAUGAAGAAGCUAAGAGACAUUCAGGGACCAGCCCAGACAGCCAACACCUUCACCAAGGGACAGUACGGCAUCGUGGCGCUGGGCGGGGGCUACCUCCACUUUGGUCACAUGGAGAUGAUGCGUCUGACCAUCAACAGGAGGAUGGACCCUCGCACCACCUUCGCCCGCUGGCGCAUCAACGCCCCCUACAAGCCCAUCACCAGGAAGGGCCUGGGCCAGAGGAUGGGCGGGGGCAAAGGGAACAUAGACCACUACGUCACACCGGUGAAGUACGGACGGAUGAUUGUGGAGGUCGGGGGACGGCUGGAACUGGGCGAGGUGGAGCCUAUCCUCAAGGAAGUGGCCAAGAAACUGCCCUUCCCUGCCAAGGUAGUGUCCAGAGAGAGCCUGGCAGCCAUGCAGCAGGAGCACUAUACCUGAUCCUGUCCUUAUGUAACCUCUGACCUCUCUCUCCUCCAGGUAGUGUCCAGAGAGAGCCUGGCAGCAGGAGCACUAUACCUGAUCCUGUCCUUAUGUAACCUCUGACCCCUCUCUCCACCAGGUAGUGUCCAGAGAGAGCCUGGCAGCCAUGCAGCAGGAGCACUAUACCUGAUCCUGUCCUUAUGUAACCUCUGACCCCUCUCUCCACCAGGUAGUGUCCAGAGAGAGCCUGGCAGCAGGAGCACUAUACCUGAUCCUGUCCUUAUGUAACCUCUGACCCCUCUCUCCUCCAGGUAGUGUCCAGAGAGAGCCUGGCAGCCAUGCAGCAGGAGCACUAUACCUGAUCCUGUCCUUAUGUAACCUCUGACCCCUCUCUCCACCAGGUAGUGUCCAGAGAGAGCCUGGCAGCCAUGCAGCAGGAGCACUAUACCUGAUCCUGUCCUUAUGUAACCUCUGACCCCUCUCUCUCCUCCAGGUAGUGUCCAGAGAGAGCCUGGCAGCCAUGCAGCAGGAGCACUAUACCUGAUCCUGUCCUUAUGUAACCUCUGACCCCUCUCUCUCCACCAGGUAGUGUCCAGAGAGAGCCUGGCAGCCAUGCAGCAGGAGCACUAUACCUGAUCCUGUCCUUAUGUAACCUCUGACCCCUCUCUCUCCUCCAGGUAGUGUCCAGAGAGAGCCUGGCAGCAGGAGCACUAUACCUGAUCCUGUCCUUAUGUAACCUCUGACCCCUCUCUCCACCAGGUAGUGUCCAGAGAGAGCCUGGCAGCCAUGCAGCAGGAGCACUAUACCUGAUCCUGUCCUUAUGUAACCUCUGACCCCUCUCUCCACCAGGUAGUGUCCAGAGAGAGCCUGGCAGCCAUGCAGCAGGAGCACUAUACCUGAUCCUGUCCUUAUGUAACCUCUGACCUCUCUCUCCACCAGGUAGUGUCCAGAGAGAGCCUGGCAGCCAUGCAGCAGGAGCACUAUACCUGAUCCUGUCCUUAUGUAACCUCUGACCUCUCUCUCCACCAGGUAGUGUCCAGAGAGAGCCUGGCAGCCAUGCAGCAGGAGCACUAUACCUGAUCCUGUCCUUAUGUAACCUCUGACCUCUCUCUCCUCCAGGUAGUGUCCAGAGAGAGCCUGACAGCCAUGCAGCAGGAGCACUAUACCUGAUCCUGUCCUUAUGUAACCUCUGACCUCUCUCUCUCCUCCAGGUAGUGUCCAGAGAGAGCCUGGCAGCCAUGCAGCAGGAGCACUAUACCUGAUCCUGUCCUUAUGUAACCUCUGACCUCUCUCUCUCCUCCAGGUAGUGUCCAGAGAGAGCCUGGCAGCCAUGCAGCAGGAGCACUAUACCUGAUCCUGUCCUUAUGUAACCUCUGACCUCUCUCUCCUCCAGGUAGUGUCCAGAGAGAGCCUGGCAGCCAUGCAGCAGGAGCACUAUACCUGAUCCUGUCCUUAUGUAACCUCUGACCCCUCUCUCUCCACCAGGUAGUGUCCAGAGAGAGCCUGACAGCCAUGCAGCAGGAGCACUAUACCUGAUCCUGUCCUUAUGUAACCUCUGACCCCUCUCUCUCCACCAGGUAGUGUCCAGAGAGAGCCUGGCAGCCAUGCAGCAGGAGCACUAUACCUGAUCCUGUCCUUAUGUAACCUCUGACCCCUCUCUCUCCUCCAGGUAGUGUCCAGAGAGAGCCUGGCAGCAGGAGCACUAUACCUGAUCCUGUCCUUAUGUAACCUCUGACCCCUCUCUCCACCAGGUAGUGUCCAGAGAGAGCCUGGCAGCCAUGCAGCAGGAGCACUAUACCUGAUCCUGUCCUUAUGUAACCUCUGACCCCUCUCUCUCCACCAGGUAGUGUCCAGAGAGAGCCUGGCAGCCAUGCAGCAGGAGCACUAUACCUGAUCCUGUCCUUAUGUAACCUCUGACCCCUCUCUCUCCACCAGGUAGUGUCCAGAGAGAGCCUGGCAGCCAUGCAGCAGGAGCACUAUACCUGACCUUGUGUAACCUAUGACCCCUUCUCUCCACCAGGUAGUGUCCAGAGAGAGCCUGGCAGCCAUGCAGCAGGAGCACUAUACCUGAUCCUGUCCUUAUGUAACCUCUGACCUCUCUC